AUGGGAUGCCUGAUCGGGGCUCUGUCCCUCUCCUUGUACGGUGAUAGACUCGGACGCCGAAAGACCACCUUUACCGGAGCCGCCAUCACCGUCCUCGGCCAGGCGCUUCAAGUCUCUGCCACCACUCUGGCGCAAUUCGUCGUGGGUCGGGUCAUCCUAGGCUUUGCCAUCGGCCAGAUCAGCGGAACCGUGCCGGUCUGGCUCUCGGAAUGUGCUCCGACCAAGUACCGUGGCCAGCUGGGCAUCUGCACCGGCAUCUUCAUCAGCACGGGCUACGCACUGUGUAACUGGAUCGACCUGGGCUUUAGCUAUCUGCCCUCCUCCACAGCUCAAUGGCGGGCCCCGCUCGCCAUCCCGUCUCUAUUCUCAGCCAUCAUGCUCCUUGCCGUGUUCACCUUCCCCGAGUCCCCUCGCUGGCUUGUCUCCCAAGGCCGCGUAGAAGACGCCACCGCCAGCUUGACCCAAUACCGGGGGAGCGAACCCCCGGGAAUCAUCUCCCGAGAGAUCGCCAGCAUCGAACUCGCCCUCGAAAGCACCUCGACCUCCUCCGUCAGAGACAUCUUCAAUCGCAACGAUACCACCCGCCUCCAUUAUCGCUUCUGGCUCUGCAUGGGCCUGAACUUCUUCCAACAAGCCUGCGGCGGCAACCUCAUCUCGGUCUACAGCUCCACCAUCUUCCAAACAAACCUCCACAUGAGCCCCACGACGGCCAAAAUCCUCGCCUCGAGCGUCUUCAUCUGGAAAACCCUCUGCUGUCUCAUCUCCGUCUGGGCCAUCGACCGACUCGGCCGUCGCGCCUGCUUCAUGAUCAGCGGCACCGGCAUGGCCCUCUGCAUGGCCGUGCUGGCCAUUACCACCAGUUUCCCCACCAUCACCUACUUGGUGACGCCGGUGGCGAUUGAGAGGAUCGGGUUUGGGUAUUAUGUGAUUUAUGUGGGUGUUUCGGGGGUGAUUCCGGUGAUGGUGUAUUUGUUUUAUCCGGAGACUAUGGGACGGAGCUUGGAGAUGUUGGAUCGGGUGUUUGUCGAGGCGGAGUCGGUGUGGAGGAUUGUGCCAAUGGCGAGGGGGUUGCCGAGGGGGGUGCCGAGGGGGGAGGUGGAGGGUCGGUUGGGGGAGGAUAAAAGGAAUGCGGCGGGGGAGGUGGAGAUGCGGGAGUAUGUGUGA